AUGGACUACACGCGCCAGUCAUCUCAACCGGCUACCGUCGACCUAGUUCGAGCCGAUCUGGCCGAAUUCUGGGCCAUUGAUGAGUCCGACGCUGACUGUCCCAAGAAGCCGCCUUCAAUUUCCGGUAUCAGCGACAUGCUCGACUUCGAGUACAUUCCCACCCCUAGAGCCCGCCCUUCGAGAGCGAUGCGGAAGGAUCCCCUGCCCGUUAUUCUCGGUAAUUAUCUGGAGACUUCACCCACCCGGAAAGAGGGACGAAACGAGACCCGUGAGAAGCCGUCCAGCAACAAGCCAUUGACAAAACAAAACAUACAGUCACGCAACCAGGACUCGACUGCUUCAGACAGACGGUCCACCCCAAUCGGGCCUGACUGUCCUUCUCAAGUGACACGGAAGCUGGGACAUUCCUCUGGCAUGGAAACGCCUGUACACCGAAAAAACAAGCGCAAGCUUACCAGCCGGCCCAAUGCCACUGAUGAAUCACAGCCACGUAGACAGCCUCAGUCAGACCGGAAACCUGUUGCUUCUUCAGCCGCUGGGAAGGGAUCAACGAAGACCUCCAAGCAAACAAAGACCCUCCCUGAGACGCCCGAUCCCGCUUCGACCCGAGCCAAACCCAAGACGCGCAAGCGUGACGACCAUCUCUUUGAGUUGAGUGAUGGGACGGAAUCGGAAGCAGAGGCCAGGCCAAAAAAACGUCAAGCAUCAGCAUCCAGAAAGCCUCCUAUCGCUCCUGCCCGCACAUCCCAGACGACAGGAAGGGCCCAGGGGGGCAAGCCCGCUCGUGUUCCAAAGAAGCCGACUACCCACGUUGUUUCUCAAAUAGACAAAGCCGAGCACGAUCCCCCGGACUCAAACACAGCUCCGCAUGGCAAUGAUGGAACAGAGCAGGAAGCUGAGCCGCAGCCGUACGACCACAGAAGCACUUCCCCUGACUCCGCCAAAUCAGAGUCGGUUAGGAAAGCCCAGAUGGACCAACAAGCACCGAUGCCCCAAGGGGCAGACACUCCGGAGUUCACUUCCCCAGAGCCCGCGAAAGUUCCGCCAGUCGCGCCAAGGGAAUGCAUUCCAGUUGUGCCAGACUCUUCGCCACACCGGGACGUCAUUAUCCUGUCCAGUGAGAGUCCAGAGGCAAGUAACGCGGCAGCUGGGUCAACUUCACGAUUGUUUGUCGAGCAAGACCAAGGGAAACCGACUAGAAGCCUCGCUCCAGCUGUCGCAAUAACAGACAACACCUGCGAGUUGAACCCCAACGAGACAUCGCCAACCCGGCUUCCCAGAUAUUACAGACGCCAUGGCUUUACCCCUCCACCUUCGUUCCAGCCUCGAGUCCUUGGUAACAAUGCUGCGUUUCCUCAAAGGUUGAAUACCGAUCGGCCCUUGCCGGCGGACACAAGAGGGGGUUUCUAUUCAGAUGAGCAACAAGCAACGACAACAUCGUCCUCAGUCCGUGAGCAAGAGCCAUGCCCGGCCCAUGGGGGGUCGAGCCCUGAAGAUAUGUGGAGUCAGGUAGUGCAGGAUGACUCUCCACCGGCUAUCCUCCAUAGGAUUGUUUCUCUGUUGCACCGUUCGCUCAAGCCCAGAGAAGAGGUGGUUCGGGACAUUGUCGCCGAUUACCAAGAUAAUGCCUUCCGCUUGCUUGACAACUUGAGUGGACGCCAUGACCAGGAGAGAACAGAAACAUUGGUGGCGCUGAGACAGGCAUCUCGAGCGGCCUUCUCUGUCUUCUCCGGCGCAGGACAUGACAUGGCCGUCUUCAUCAACAAGCUUCGAGAUAUGGACGUCACCCACACAGCACACACACUGACACGUCGAGAUCUCGCCCGAAAGCUUCACACAGUGGCUCAGCUGUCUCAGACCAAGUUGGGUAGCUACGUCCGCGACGAGCCAUUCGGCGGUGACGCGGCGAGUAAAUUCGAUGGCGGCGGCCUAGACGUUCUUGCGGAGACGUACCGACUCAAGCUGCUUGAUGCAGUCCAACGACCAGAUGGACAUGUUUCUGCGGCAGUAGAUGGGGUGGAUAUGCGGGUUGAUGAUUCCAUCAAGCGGUAUCUUCGGGGCGAAACCCGAAAGGUUCACCGUCCCGAGGUCAGCCAGCUGAAGAAACCGGCCCGGAAUGCUGACGAAGCUUUGGAGGUCUUCUUGGACGGCAUUCUUGGUACGUUGCAGGAGAACAAGGAUCGCGUGAGCCCGUCCUCUGCCUAG